AUUACAUGGCUGACGAGGAUGACGAGCGACCCUUCAUCUGCUCCCUGCCAGUCGACAACGGUAUCAUGUCAUGUUCUGACGUCCCAGCUCGCCGCCAGGGAGGCAGGGCGUGCUGCCUGGAUAAAGACGACGCCCUGUACCGCCAGUCACUGGGCCUGAGCCCUGAGCCUGUGGCCAAUGGCAGUGUCAGUGUAGCAGGGCUCUGUGUCAACUGGAACCAGUACUACACCAGGUGUCAUACAGGGCACACCAACCCCCACAAAGGAGCCAUAAACUUUGACAACAUUGCCUAUGCCUGGAUUGUCAUCUUCCAGGUGAUCACUCUGGAGGGCUGGGUGGAGAUCAUGUACUAUGUGAUGGAUGCUCAUUCCUUCUACAACUUCAUCUACUUCAUUCUACUGAUCAUUGUUGGUUCCUUCUUUAUGAUCAACCUAUGCCUCGUGGUCAUCGCCACCCAGUUCUCAGAGACUAAGCAGAGGGAGCACCAGCUGAUGCAGGAGCAGCGAGCACGGUGUUCGUCCUCCUCCACCCUGGCCAGUGAACCUGGGGACUGCUACGAGGAACUCUUCCAGCUGGUUUGCCACAUCCUCCGCAAGGCCAGGAGACAAACUGUUGCCCUUUUCAACACAUUGCGGGGGAAACCCCGCGGCUUUCGGGGCGCCGGAAGAGGUAGAGGAGCAGGAGAAGGAAGGCACAGGAAUGCCAAUGGAAGGGGAGGACAUGAGAGGAGAGCAGUGAGGAGGCACGGUGCAACCUGUCCCCACCAUAAUAAAACUGAUCAUGGCUCACCCGCUGAACCUACGGCACUCAACGCCACUGAAGGCUGCCCACAGUGUGCCGCAGCCCUGUUGCUCACUGAUGGGGUGGGACCAGUUCGCAGUGCAGUAAAUGAUGAAGCAGAGGAGGGAGCGGUGGAGGAAACGGACAGGGAGGGGGUACAUUCUGGUAGUAACGAGAAGGGCAAAAAAGGCCAGGAGGGUGCAGGGAGCCAUGGCGGCUGUAGUCCUAAGAAGCGAUGUAAUGAGCUGUGGCGCGAGACGAGGAGGAAGCUGUGGGGAAUCGUGGAGAGCAAAUACUUCAACCGAGGCAUCAUGAUCGCCAUCUUGAUCAACACCAUCAGCAUGGGCAUUGAGCACCACGAGCAGCCAGAGGAGCUCACUAAUGUUCUGGAGAUCUGCAACAUUGUCUUCACCAGCAUGUUUUCCUUGGAGAUGAUCCUCAAAAUCACUGCAUUUGGCUCCUUCAGCUACCUGAGAAACCCCUACAAUGUCUUUGAUGGAGUCAUUGUCAUCAUAAGUGUAUGUGAGAUCGUCGGCCAGUCCGACGGAGGUUUAUCUGUACUUAGGACCUUCAGACUGUUGAGGGUGCUGAAGCUUGUAAGGUUCAUGCCAGCUUUGCGAAGACAGCUGGUGGUCCUCAUGAAGACCAUGGACAAUGUGGCCACCUUCUGCAUGCUGCUCAUGCUCUUCAUCUUCAUCUUCAGUAUCCUGGGGAUGCACAUCUUUGGCUGUAAGUUCAGUCUCAGGACAGAGACCGGCGACACAGUACCAGACAGGAAGAACUUUGACUCCCUUCUCUGGGCCAUUGUCACUGUUUUCCAGAUUCUGACUCAAGAGGACUGGAAUGCAGUUUUGUAUAAUGGUAUGGCAGCCACUUCACCACUUGCUGCUCUUUACUUUGUGGCCCUCAUGACCUUUGGAAACUAUGUCCUCUUCAACCUGCUGGUGGCCAUCUUGGUUGAAGGCUUUCAGGCAGAGGGUGAUGCCACUCGUUCUUACUCAGAUGAUGAUCGCUCCUCUUCUAACUUUGACGAGAGCGAGAAACACGACUCCAUAAAGUUGUCUGACCCAAGGAUCUGCACGCUAACACCCAAUGGCCACCUGGAGCUGGGUGCUGUCUCAGGGCCCAGGGGAUCCUACUCCUCAGAGAGACGGAGCUUCACCAUCGAGUCCAGGAAGAGCAGUGUGAUGAGCCUGGGCAAGAGCAGCCUGGAGAGACGCUCCCUCUCUCUACGCCAUGGUCGCAGUUCAAACUACCACAACUGGGGUCGCCCUCCCCAUCCACAGUCUGCAUGGAGCCGCAGGUCCAGCUCAAACAGCCUGGGCCGGAGAAGCUACAGGUUUGGUGGGACACCUCUGGUGGGAGGCAGCCUCCGUGUGCACGGCACCCGCUCACCCCACUCCUACACCUAUGCCGCAGAGCAGGAAUCCCUUCUUUCCCACCCACACCACUCUCAUCAUCUACCCCCACACCAUCCACCUCCACCCCCACUGUUCCUCUCCAGACACUUUGCUGCAAGGAGGGAUCGACGAGCUCUUUCCCUGGAGCUCCCAGAGCUGCUUCGGGCAGGCGGACAGCCCCCAGGCCUUCCCCCUUUCCACCCGGACCCUGGGAGGAGGAGUGGGUCUGGUGCAGGGGGAUCCAUCACUGGGGGGUCUGGGGCUGGUAGUGGUUUUGGAGUGGACCACCGGGACUGUAAUGGCAAGGCACCAGGUCCCCACACUCAGCUCAUGGCUGAGGUUUUCCCUCAAGUCAACGCACGCAAAGACAGAGCAGACCUUGAUGAAGAGACAGAUUAUAGUUUGUGUUUCCGUAUCCAGAAAAUGAUGGAGGUGUACAAGCCAGACUGGUGUGAAAGCAGAGAGGAGUGGUCUGUCUAUCUCUUUUCGCCUCAAAACAAGUUCAGACUGCUCUGCCAGUCCAUUAUUGCCCAUAAGCUCUUUGACUAUGUGGUCCUGGCCUUCAUCUUUCUCAACUGCAUCACGGUGGCUCUGGAGAGGCCAAAGAUAAUGCAAGGCAGUCUGGAAAGGGUGUUUCUCACAAUUUCCAACUACAUCUUUACUGCCAUCUUUGUUACGGAGAUGACUGUUAAGGUGGUGUCCAUGGGUCUGUACCUGGGGGAGAAAGCCUAUCUAAGGAGCAGCUGGAACAUUCUAGAUGGUUUCCUCGUGUUUGUGUCUCUGAUUGACAUUGUGGUGUCAAUGGCAGGUGGGGCUAAGAUUCUGGGCGUUCUCCGUGUUCUCAGGCUGCUCAGGACGCUACGCCCCCUCAGGGUGAUCAGCAGGGCUCCAGGGCUGAAACUGGUAGUGGAGACCCUCAUCACAUCCCUUAAGCCAAUCGGCAACAUCGUCCUCAUCUGCUGUGCCUUCUUCAUCAUCUUUGGCAUUCUUGGUGUUCAGCUCUUCAAAGGAAAGUUCUACUACUGUGUGGGUUUCGAUGUGAAGAACAUCACUAACAAAUCAGACUGUCUGGCUGCCAACUAUCGAUGGGUUCACCACAAAUAUAAUUUUGACAACCUUGGACAGGCUCUAAUGUCCCUGUUUGUACUCGCCUCAAAAGACGGCUGGGUCAACAUCAUGUACCAUGGACUGGAUGCAGUGGGAAUAGACCAGCAGCCGGUUACCAACAACAACCCAUGGAUGCUGCUCUACUUCAUCUCCUUCCUCCUGAUUGUCAGCUUCUUCGUCCUCAACAUGUUCGUGGGUGUAGUGGUGGAAAACUUCCACAAGUGUCGCCAGCACCAGGAGGUGGAGGAGGCCAGGCGACGAGAGGAGAAACGCCAGCGUCGCAUGGAGAAGAAGAGGAGAAAGGCCCAGAAGCUGCCCUACUACGCAUCCUAUGGUCCGGCCCGGUUGGCUAUCCACACUCUUUGUACCAGCCACUACCUGGACCUGGUCAUCACCUUUAUCAUCUGUAUCAAUGUCAUCACCAUGUCUCUGGAGCACUACAGCCAGCCACAGUCACUGGAGACUACACUCAAGUACUGCAACUACUUCUUCACCUCCACCUUUGUGAUCGAGGCCUCUCUAAAGCUGGUGGCCUUUGGCUUUCGACGUUUCUUCAAGGACAGGUGGAACCAGUUGGACCUGGCCAUUGUGCUGCUGUCAGUGAUGGGCAUCACCCUGGAAGAGAUUGAGAUCAAUGCCUCCCUCCCCAUCAACCCCACCAUCAUCAGAAUCAUGAGGGUACUCAGGAUAGCAAGAGUGUUGAAGUUGUUGAAAAUGGCAACCGGGAUGAGAGCUCUGCUAGACACAGUGGUCCAGGCUCUGCCUCAGGUGGGAAAUCUUGGUCUGCUCUUCAUGUUACUGUUUUUCAUCUACGCAGCUCUGGGAGUGGAGCUGUUUGGAGAGCUGGUGUGUAACGCUGACUACCCUUGUGAAGGAAUGAGCCGACACGCCACCUUUGAAAACUUUGGAAUGGCCUUCCUCACACUCUUCCAGGUUUCCACUGGUGACAACUGGAAUGGCAUCAUGAAGGACACACUGAGGGAGUGCCCGCCAGACGGUCCGGGCAGCGACUACGGCUGCCAUGCUGGACUACAGGUCAUCUCCCCGAUGUAUUUCGUGUCCUUCGUGCUCACAGCUCAGUUCGUUCUGAUAAACGUGGUGGUGGCCGUGCUCAUGAAGCAUCUGGACGAUUCCAACAAGGAGGCGCAGGAGGACGCCGAGAUGGACGCCGAGAUUGAGCUGGAGCUAGCUCAGGGAGGCCUAUGCUGCAUGAUGGGGGGCAUCAGUGCCAUCGCUGGUGCCACGGGUGGUGCUGCAACCGGGGCCAGCGUGGGCGGAGGAGUGUCUGGUGCAAUUACAGCGGGGACAGUUGGGGGUCCAAGUGGCGUGGUGAUGGCGCCGCUACGAGAUGGAGGAGGAGGCGGUGCAGCUCAUGAGGGACACACACACCAUCGAUGUCGGCUCUUCUCUCCUACUCAGGAGAGCCAGUGGCUGGACAGUGUGUCUCUGCUGAUUAAGGACUCCUUGGAAGGGGACAUGAUUGACAACCUCUCCGGGUCGGUUUUUCACCACUAUUGCUCUCCUCCUGUGUGCAAGGAUUGUAAGGGCCACCCACAAGAGAUCCGAUUGGCAGAGGUGGAGCAGGCAUCUCUGAUGUCAGAGCAGCUGUCAGACAAGUCAUCGUCUCUGGCACUGCCUGAUGACCUCAGCCUGGAUGAACACAGCAGCUACCAGCUGCUGGCAAGAGACAGUGAGAGGGGCAGCAGUGACUCCCAUGGGUCGGAAGAGUUGCCCACCCAGGGGGACUACAAAGGACUUUGUCCCUUCAGCUCAGGAAGCAAGGAGCAGGUCCAGGAGUUGUUUGAGGUGGGCGUCCAUCCCCAGUUGAAAUCUCCCUCACUGGAGCAGCCAAUCCCGGCACAUUGCACAGAUGGAGAUGGAAAAAGUUGCAGUGGAGUUGGUGGUGGAUCUUCACCUAUCUUCCACCUACCAGCAGACUUCUUCCAUCCUGCUGUUGCUGCUCAUCCAGGCAGUCCUGGGAACGGUGUUAGCCCAGGAGACAGAGGGCCAUCCAGGUUGGCCUCCCCAGCCUCCUGGGCCUCCCUCCGCUCACCCGGAGCCAACAGCAGGCCCCUGAGCUCUCAGCACCUGUCCCACAGUGACUCCUCCCUGGCCACAGGCAGUUCAGAUGGCAGCCUGCAGACCACUCUAGAGGAAGGGCUCAGCUUCAGCGUCUCCCCACCUCGAGAUCUGGAUCUCCCAAUGCCUCUCCUCUGUCCCCUUUCCAGCCACCCCAUACACCCCCAGGGACCGGCCACAGGAGACCAGGGCCACCCUUUACUAAAGAGACGCAGUACUACCUUUACUCUCCAAGCCACCAGGGGGCACCAGAGGAGCCAGAGCAGCGGUGGUUGUGGCAGCACCAGCCCCAGCUGCCCCCGGCAGGACUCUAUGGACCCUUCAGAUGAGGACAUGGGCACGGGGGCGGGUGGGGAUGGCUGCCGCCAGACCCUCAACAGUGAACACUUGUCAGAAACACUGAACAGCCUCUCACUGACGUCGCUGCUGACCCCUGGGUCUCUGGCAGCCCCGCUGGUUAAGAAAUGUAACAGCACAGGGUCACUAGACCAAACCAAUCUAUCUGUCCGGAGUAAAGACGGACGCCACUUCUAUGGCAUAGAUGCCCAUGGUUACUUGUCCAACCCUUGGACAAAGGGAAGGGCAAGAGGUGAGGAAGACAAUGAUAUCACAGGCUUCAGCAUGAAAAGCAGCAGCCAGCCCACAGACUCAAGUUCCAGGAGAAAUAGAUGAAACACUUGUUGCCUCUCUGUAGUGGAACUCUUUAACCAUUUGCAUUUCUGGACCUUGAACAGAACAGGAAGAGACUUUUAAAACAGUACAUGUCCCGUGAACCCGAUCUCUUUCUUUCCUUAUUGGAUCUGCUUGGAAUCAGUCAUUUCUCAAAAGAUUACAGUUGCUCCUGAAUUUGGACGUCUUUUCUUUUCCACAGUAUAUGUGGUUGCUUUUUGAAAUGAUAACCUUUUAACCUUUUAGAAUAACCAGGAUUCGGCCUUGGCAUAUGUUGCAGUGCUGGGCUUUAAAUUUGAGUCAUCCUGACAUACAGAAUAUCUGGCCGGCCAUUAGAGAGAGGCCCGGAAAUUACAGUGAUUGAUGAGCAUUAUUAAGGUGAUGCUAUUUAAAUAAAACUGCAGAAAGACAAAAGCAGUGUCAUUAGCAUUGGACAGAACUCUGAAGCUUCUUUUGAGGAAGAACUGCACUUUGUACAGGUUUAUUUUGUAAUGACCAUCGCUAACAGUAGCAUCAACCAACCUUUUUUCCUCUUAAGAAGAUUUGGUGGGUAACAGAAAAUGAUUGCAUAUUUUGUGUUCUUUUUUAACUUCAAUGUCUUGAAGUUGUGUGAAUGUCGACACAUCUGUCUCAAUUUGUAAGGGAUAGGGAGACCAAGACAAGCAAGGAGCCUGGCUAGUCUGAAAAUUGACAAAGGGCCUCUUUGAAUAGAAGAAUGGAUAUGUGACUGCUCCUGAGAAUAUGUGGGUUGUUAGUGGAAGCAUUGGCCACUCUCAGGUGGACUCUUGUGCUUUCAACAUAACCAUGAAAGGGCUAAAAUGUAAUGAGUGCAGACUCGGGCCCAAACAUACUUUUAAAAACUUGAAGGUACAUCAACUACUUUCAAUUCCUUUUCUGAUGUCACUAAUAUAUACACAUGUAAGACUAAAUGUGUCACUAAAAUGACCAUUGACUUUUGAAGUUGUAGGUUGGAUUUCUACGAAAAUAUUUGAACUUUAAAGCUGUAUUUAACAGAUUUUAACACAAAAGAAAUCGAAACAAGUUUAUCAUACCAUGCACAUCAAAAGACUUUCUCAGCACCAGCAGCCUCUACCUACAUGUUGAAUGGGCAAGAGUGAUUCCUACAAGUAAAAAAAAAAAUACUUUGCAAGGCACGGGGUAAGUAAAAUAUAAUUUUAACAUUGAACAUUUCAUUAUAGCCUGUACAUUAAUACAGUAAGAAGUCAGACAGUUUGAUGUCAUCCAGUUUUCUCAAAGUUCUCCCUCUGUAUAACACACAGUGCCUCUGCUUCAGACAGUUGUUGGUAUCUGAUAGUUUAACGUACGUAUCUUAGUCUGCAAACUUAGAGCUAAUUGACUCACAGACAAUGAAGAAAAGAAGGAUUUUCUUCAUGUGCCUCAUGUCAACAUGCUAACUACUUAGUGAUUAUCCCUGCUACAGGACAUUUUGAGAAUAAUUAUAUCAGUCAUUGAUGAUAUGAUGUUAUGUUAAUCAUUUUUAGCCAUGACAGCAACAGGAUGGCUAAAAAUGAUCUGGUCUGUUGACUGAUCCACCACUUUGGUCCAGAUUGAAAUAUCUCAAUUAUUGGAUGGUUUGUCAUGCAGUUUUGUACAAAUAUUCAUGGUGCCCAGACGAUGAACCCUAAUAACUUUGGUGAUCCCGUGAAUUUUCAUACAGCACCACCAGCAUGUCAAAGUUUUCACUUAUCUAUUGAAUUAUCUUAACAACUACUACUAUUAGUACACAAAUAGCACAGAUAUUCAUGUUCCCCUCAGCAUGAAUUACAAUAACUUAACAGGCCUGUGAAGUUUUCUUCCAGUGCCAUCAUCACGUCAACAUUUCAGUUUGUCCAAUACUUGGUUCAUGACAAAAUACCUACAAUGAAUGACAUUUCCAUCAGCCUCAACUGUACUCUGGGUUUAGUGCUAAUUAGUAAACGCUAGCAUGCUAACAUGCUAAACUAGGAUGGUGAACAUGGUAAUCAUUACUUGUACCUGCUAAACAUCACCAUUUUGAGCAUGUUGCUAUGCUAGCAUUAGCAUUUCGCACAAAGUACUGCUGUGCCCAAGCAUAGCCUCAUAGAGCUGCUAGCGUGACAGUAUAGGCAGUUGCCUCGCUGCCUCGAUACCAUAAUAGACAGCUGCCUCAGAAGGCAUCACUUUCAAGUGAAAGCAGCUCUGUUUACAUUAGUUUCAAACAGCCUUCUAGGGCAGCACUUAAUGCAACGUGUGGCGUCAGCACGCCGUCUUCUGACAGCCAGAAGAGACGCUAGCCUAGCAUCAGCUAACUAGCUAUUGAAAGCCAAAUGGCUAACAGACACCUCAGAAAUCAUACUGAACAAACUUGGUUGGUUACAG